UCCCACGCUCACUCAGCAAAGGGCUCACAGGGCGUUAGGCAAAGAGGGACCUCGAGAAGCGCCCAAGCUAUUCCCUAUUCCCCACUGGCACGCACAGCAGGCUGAUACCCUGUCCUACUGUAUAUGCCUGCACGCUUCGCUGUAGUGUCCCCACUCCUCCCAUUCCCCUUUGGGCAAAAGUCAUCGCCAAAGAUGCUCGCUGCAUACGCCUCCCCAACCGUCAUCCUCCCCACCAACACCCAAGAAGUCCCCACCACCCUCAUCCUCGGCGGAAAACGUCUCUCCCUCUCAUCCUCCCGUACACCAUCCAUCACCCUGCCCGGCGGAGGCCGCUCCCUUACCGGUCUAUGUGUUCCAUCACGGCAAUUAACGAAAAAACAGCAGCAACCAAAACCGCGACGGAAAGAUGAGAAUAAACGACGUCCGUUUUGUCCGGCAGGUGUGAAUGUGGGGAGUGGGGGGGGAUGGAGGCCCAGGUCUAUGCCGGAGAUUAAUGGGAAGAUUAUUGGGGUGGGGAGGGAUUCUACACAUGAGCAGCCUCAACAUGCGUCUCAAAGCAACAGCAGCAGCAGAAGCACCGUGUCGUUGCCAUCGACAUCCACGUUUAGAGCGACUGCAGUAGCGAAAACGAAGCAGAAAAAACCGCCGGGGAAUUUGGUCAGGGCGGAUAGGACAGAGUCGAGGAGUACGGUGGCGAGUGGGAGUAGUGCUAGUAGCUGUGAGUCACGCAAAGAAAGUAUUCCAUGAGGGAUGGAAGGGGAAUUAUAAUCGGUUCUUUUUUCCGUGUAGCGACCACGGCAUCUGUUGAAGGCGGCUUGACGAACCGCACCCUAAAACGACGCCUCAAACAACUCAGUGAGUUCCCUCCCAACCCUUCCACGCUCAUCCCAACUCAACCUUAAUGAUCGCACCCCAACACUCUCAACAGUCAACACU